GUUCGCUUAAAGUCAACGCCGUUUGUUGGAAGUAGGUAGCGGUGUAUUUGGUAAUGUGAGUUUUGACUUUACCAAGUUACACUCUUUAUGCAUUGACAGUCCCAGCACCAGUUUACAGUAUAUGGGCAUUUACUAGUGGAUUCGAGGCAAGAGGAAGUGUACGUAGCUUCAAAAGCAGCAUAGUAGAGCUCCAAACUACUGAAGGAUCUAAGAUCAUGAGUGCUGAAAUAAGUGGACAAAAAGUGACGACCGAGGAAGCGGCAGCUGCUGGUUCAGGUUCAGCUCCCAUUAAAGGAGGGUGGAAAUGCCCAUUGAGUGAUGCCCAUGUUCACAGAGAAGAUGUGAGAAAAGUUUGGAAAGAGUGCCAAGAGGAGAGCUUCUGGUACAGAGCGCUUCCAUUGUCUCUGGGCAGCAUGGCUGUCACCGGUGGCCUCAUCUACCAAGGUAUUUGGAAAUCAUCAAAGCGAUUUGGUCCCUUUCCAAAACUAGCAGUUGCAGGGAUCCUUGGAUUUGCAGUGGGGAAAGCAUCCUAUGUGGGCACUUGUCAGAGCAAAUUCCAGGAGCUUGGCAUUCAGGGUGGACCGGGGAUUGGACCCUGGUCAAAGAGAGAUCACCCUGGUCACAGACACAGGGAGGGCAGACCCUGCCACCAUGUGUGUGAAGAAUGUAAGAAAAAUGCUCCAGCAGCACCAGCUGAACAGGCUUAAUGACUGUGAGGACGGAUCCUCAGCACUGUUGGAGAAAUUUUCUGCAUGAAUUCAUCACCUUCUUAUUAAUGUCUUAAAUAAAACUUGUAAACACUGCA